AUGCAUUUCUCCUUUUCAGUACUACUUCUAGCAGCGCGUGGUUUCGCUUCUCCCGCUUUUCGCAAAAGAAUCGUCACUUCUCUUGACCAGACUGCUUUUGCUCAAGCCCAACAACGGGAUGAGACUGCAACGAGGGCUUUCUCGUCCGUUCCUAUCACUACUUCUUCGGGACAGUGUCUCUUCGUGGAUGAAUUAUCGGGUGAUUUCAGGGCAAAUCUGACCCCGAUUCAAGUGGCUGCCUGUGAUGGUAGUACGGGGCAGCUUUGGGAUGUUCUUACGAGUGGGGAGCACAACAAUGUGUCAGGUAGUAUGUUGGUUGUCAAUACGUUGACCCAAGCCUGCUUGAACUUCGAUCCUCGCCGUGCGGCGGGUAAUACCGUCAUCAUGUUUUCAUGCGGUGGUCGGGCUGACGGAGAUGGGAUUGUCACAGACUCUCAGUUAUUUCCGUUCAAUGGAACUCCCGGCCCGCUCACGCUUUCCCCCGAAAACGCCUCCGGUACCUGUUUAUCUGUUACAGCCGCCAACGUUCUCGAUCAAGCGCCUUGUGAUGGAACUAAUUCAAGCCAAACAUUCACUUUUGGUGCUUCGAGCGCCUCCACUGAUCCAGCAGUAUCAAGUCCUGUUCCGUUAGCCACUUCGGACAUAGCAAACAUUCCAUCAUCAACAGCCCUAGCAUCAACAGUCCUAGCGUCAACAGACCUAGCAUCUCCGGCGGCCACCUCUUCUUUGGCUUCUCCCGCUUCUCCAUCUGUAAUAGCUGCCACAUCAGCUUCGCCCGCUUUACCAACAGGUGAUCCAACGAUCCCUCUUCCCGUAUCCCGUGCAGGAGGCGUGCUCGAUCCUUCAGCAGCUGCCGAAGCUAAUGCAGUAGACACCACUGCCGUCAAAGCUUUCUCAUCCGUCGCAUUGAAAGAUGCAUCUGGACAAUGCCUUUUCCUGGAUCCUACUGCAGGUGACUUUAGACAGAAUCUAAUCCCAAUCACACUACAAGCAUGUGAUGGGAGCCAAAAUCAAGCUUGGGAUAUUAUUACAAGUGGAAAGCAUAAUAAUGCGGCGGACUCGGUACUUGUGGUUAGCAGCUUGACUCAAGGAUGUCUUAACUUCGACCCGAGACGGCCUGCUGGCGACACAGUCAUUAUGUUCUCUUGUGGAGGAAGAGCCGAUGGAGAUGGCCUAGUAACAAACUCACAACUCUUCCCUUUCACUGGAGGUCAAACAAGCAUUGUACUUGCUCCUGAAAAUGGGAAUAACGCAACUUGUCUUGCGGCGAAUGCUGGAAAAUUGGAUUCUACCACUUGCAGUAGUGAUGCGAUCAGUCAAUCUUUCACGAUUGUGACGGCUUAG